AGACCAAACUUUUGUCUUCUCUGUUUUAAUGGGAGUUGCACUUAUUGGUAUUAUCAACUGGCAAUUACAUCAAUACCCUUCCCUAGUUUGUUAGUGUUCCUAUACUGGCUAUGGAACCUUGUUCUUGGAACUCAGCAAGGGUGCAAGUCUCUGCAUGUGAGGGAAUGAGUGAUGUGUUUUUGGUGAAUUCUGGGUUACAAGCCGAAACAAGAAACGGGUCACGUUCAACUUCAUCUUUGGUUUUGGAUAAUGAAAGAGGAGAGCUUGUGGAGGCUACCGUGAGAAUGGAGAGGAAAGGAGUGUCGGCUGAGAAAAGCAUUGCUGCUUUAAGGAAUCACAGUGAGGCUGAGAGGAAGCGUAGAGCCAGGAUUAAUGCACAUCUUGACACACUUAGGAGCCUAGUACCUGGUACUAGUAAGAUGGACAAGGCAUCAUUGCUUGCUGAAGUUAUAAGCCACCUGAAGGAGCUGAAGAUCCAGGCAGCAGGAGCUGGUGAAGGCCUUCUCAUGCCACUGGAUAUUGAUGAAGUGAGAGUAGAACAGGAAGAGGAUGGUUUGUGCAGUGCCCCUUGUUUAAUCAGGGCAUCUAUAUGUUGCGAUUACAAGCCUGAAAUCUUGUCUGGUUUAAGACAAGCACUCGAUGCUCUCCAUCUGAUGAUAACGAGGGCAGAGAUUGCGACUUUGGAGGGCAGGAUGAUGAACGUUCUUGUGAUGAGCAGCUGCAAAGAAGGGCUCGGUGGUGAUAGCAAAGUACGCCAGUUUCUCGCCGGCUCCGUCCACAAGGCCUUUAGAUCCGUACUUGACAAAUUCUCUGCCUCGCAGGAAUUCUCAUUAAAACCCACGCUUUCGAAUAAGAGGAGACGGGUUGGUUUGUUGCAGCCGUUCUCAUCAUCUUCUUCUGGGGAUCUCUGCAGUUGAUUCCUUGCAUGUUUGGCUUGUUCUGUAUGAAAACGAGAAUCGUAGAUUUACACGCGUCUCAUCUCUGCACGACAGAUAGAUGGCUGGAUGUGCUACACUUGUUGCAAUGAAAAUUAUUGAUAGCAUAGUGUAGUAAUUAUAAUCUUUAUUAUCUCAAUAUAAUUUCUUUGUGAAGUUAUUUCAAUUACAUCUUCGACAGAAGUUUCAAUAAUUAAUGUAAGUUGGCUUUUAGUCUUUUGCUUGCCUCAGUA